CAUANGCCUCCCAGUUCCACGCCUAACACCCAAUUACCGCCUGAGCCUCCGAAAGUCCCCACGCCGGAACCGCCCAAGGAGGUACCCAAGUUCGUUCCUGGCAUGCUAGCGCUCUGCGCCGGCUGCGGAUAUCUCUCGGAAGACUUCGCCAAGUGUAUAAGGUGCGGCAGGAAGCUGCCGGACAACGUGAAAGCAAUUCCGGCUACGAUACGUUCCAGUAACGGGCAGAAGAAGGACCUCCAAGGCGUGCACCAGCAACCGAAGAUAGCGAUUAACCUGAAGCCCCAGAGUCCGUCGAAGAAAAAGGCUACCAAAGCUUCUAAGGUCGUGGAGCAUGAGAGCGUAGUGAUUAGUUCUGAUGAGGAGGAGGAAGAUAAGCCUACGAAAGUGGACGAUAAUAUUCUGCAGAAGCUCGGCUCCUCGAUAACUAUUAGCCCCGUGACCAAAGAACCCUCGACUAACGAUAUCCAGAAGCACAGCAUCGUUAAACCAAAAG